AUGGAUCAAGUUAAGCGAAAAUUUACAUUUAAUCAAUUAUCAAAUGAAGUAACAAAAAAAUUACAAAAUAACUUUGCUCGAACAAUAACUUUUAUUGAAAAUUUAUCUAAUGAAAUUUUCUAUGAAAUAUUUGAUUAUCUUGAUGGUUAUGAAAUAUAUAACACAUUUUCCAAUCUUAAUCAUCAUUUUCAACAACUUCUCGAUUCUCCAUCUCUUAUACUUAAAAUUAAACUUGAUAAUUCAACAUAUAAUGAAUCGUCCAUGAACAACUAUCAACAAUAUCUCCUUCGUAAUAAACAUAAAAUAUUUUCAAUUGAAUUCGAAUUAAGUUUUGAAAAAAAUAAUCAUUUAUCGUGGUUUACUUUCGAUUUGUCACUAAGUCGUCUUGAAUCAAUUUAUAUUGGAUCAAAUCAAUCAGAUAUACUUAUUUCACUUCUCAUUAAUUUAGCUGAUCUACCUCGACUUUUAUCUUUAACUAUUCGUCCACUGAAUAUAUUAGAAUAUUUAAAUGAUAUUUACAGAUUAAUAUUCGCAUUACCUGUUUUAAAAUCAUUCAUAUUCUUCUUGGAUCGUUACGUCACGAUAUCACUUCCAAUGGCUAUCAAUCAACAAUUGAGUACUAUUGAACAUCUUGUUACUUAUCAAUAUUGUAGUGUCAAUGAACUUUUUAUAAUUCUUUCGUAUAUACCUCAAAUUCGUUGUCUAAAAAUUGGUAAUAAUCUUGAUAUUGAUACAAGUAUUCAAACUAUAUUACCAAUAACAUUAUCAAAUUUAGUAGAUAUUUCAAUAACUAUGGAUGAUGCAAAAUUUGAUGAAUUCGAACUAUUCAUCAGAAAAAUACAUGCGAAAUUAAAAAUUUUACGUGUUACUAUUCAAUCUGAACAUAUCGAUUUUCUGAAUGCUCAUCAAUGGGAACAACUAAUUUUCAAGUCAUUACCUCAAUUGGAAGAAUUUUAUUUUCGAUAUAUUGAAUCUUUUGCUGAAGAAUAUAAAUAUCCUGGAGUAUCCGACCAAUUCAUUACAUCUUUUUGGAUUGAACGACAAUGGACAUUUGAAAUCAAAAUUGAUAAUGAAUCUAUUGAUUACAUAGUUCGUCCGUACAGAAAAAGAUGGUAUGAAUACACACAAGAUAAUAUUUUAAAUUCUUCUGUUGAAUAUGCUAAAUCUACUCGAUUAACAAUUGAGUAUAUUAAUGAUAUUGAUUUUGAUGAAGACUUACAGAUGGGUAUGACACGUAUUUUAACUGUAGCACAAAUUUACAGUUUGGAUAUUCCAGUAGAAAAUGUCUAUGUUGAUGUAUUAAUUGAAAUUGUACGUUUAUUACCAGAACUUACUACAUUAAAAAUUCAUUCUUUAUCAUUACAUAAACCAAUAAUGUUAAAUUUUAUUCAACUUUCAAUGAAUUAUACAAGUAAAGUUAGAAAAGUAUAUCUUCUAACAAUGAAUGAAAUUGAAGAAUUUUCUAUUCUUUUAAAUUUAUGUCCUUUUAUGAAAUAUUUCAAAGUGGAUCAUACAAAACAAAUGGAUUUCAAAUUUUUAUUACAAUGUAUUUUGAAAAAAAUCAAGCAUGAUUAUAAUGAAUAUCUUCGUUUAUUAUGUUUUCGAGUUCCAACAGCAGAUGAUGAAAUGAUUCAAAAACUAAAUAGAAUGAUUGAUCUUGAAAAACUUCUAUGGAAUUAUAAAAUUAAACGUGUAGCUGAGAAUCUAUAUAUUGAAUGGCUAUAA